AUGGCCAUCGGCAAGAACAAAAACGUCACAAAAGGUGGCAAAAAGGGAGGAAAAAAGAAAGUUGCUGAUCCAUUCUCGAAAAAAGAUUGGUAUGAUAUUAAAGCACCAGCUAACUUCGAAGUACGUAACCUCGGUCGUACACUCGUCUCACGAACAACCGGCACCAAAAUCGCUUCCGAUGCUUUGAAAGGUCGUGUAUUUGAAUCGUCACUCGGUGAUUUAGUCAAACACGAUGAUGAAGAUAGCCAUCGCAAAUUUCGAUUUGUUUGUGAAGACGUCCAGGGUCGUCACUGCCUAACUAACUUCCAUGGUAUGGAUAUGACCACAGAUCGUCUUCGUAUGCUCAUCAAGAAAUGGCAGACAUUAGUUGAAGCUCAAGCUGAUGUUCGUACAUCUGAUGGUUAUCUUUUACGUAUUUUCUGCAUUGGUUUCACCCAAAAAAUGCGCGGUCAAAUCAAAAAAACAUCCUAUGCCCAACAUACACAAAUCAAAGCCAUCCGCAAGAAAAUGGUUGAAAUUAUGACACGUGACAUUGCUGGUAGUGAAUUGAAAGAGGUUGUUAACAAACUUAUUCCGAAUAGUAUCGGAUCCGAAAUCGAAAAAACUUGUCGUGGAAUCUAUCCACUACAAAAUGUUAACAUCCGCAAAGUGAAAGUGUUGAAGAGACCGAAAUUUGAUGUUGCACGUCUUAUGGAAAUGCAUGGUGAAAGUUAUAGCAGUGUAACUGUCGAUGAAAAAGGUCAACGCAUCGAACGCGGCGAUGGUUAUGAACCACCAGUACAAAGUUCUGUUUAG